AUGAGUGCGGCGGAAGAGGGCCUCGCGACGACGGUGCCGGACCUCGCUGCCACCAACGGCGCAACGCCCGCAAAGGCGAAGCAGCAUGGUCCUUCGCCAGAGGCUCUCAUGCCCGUGCGGCGUGUAGACAACGCGCACGAGUUCCCCAUGCACUCGACCCCGAAACGCCUGGCGCCGAUUCUCACUCCAAUCAAGCCCACCGCCUCGACGGCAUCCUCCGCUGCGGGCCCCGAGCCGCGCGUCUCGCGGCCCGCCAAGCACGCCCACCAGCGGCGCUCCUCUGGCGCCGCGUCCGGUCUAGCGGCGAGCGACACGCACCCCGAGGACGAAAUACAGCCCGCAGAGGACCUAUCCGGGCACGAGGACUCCGUGUCGACAAUGUCCGAGCCAGUAGGCCCCGGCUCCGUGGUGCACCUGCACAUCCUCAUGCCGACCGCGGGCGCCGCGUCGGGGCCCGAAGUGUUCACGUUCACGUACGAGGAGUUCCUCGGGAUGACAAUCGAGGACCUGAUGGCCCACGUCUCGCUCUUCCUCCCCAACAGGCACCGCGGCGCGCCCCUCGAUUUGGAGGUAGGAGAGCGAGGCUCUGCGGGGGGAUUCGGCGACGUGCUGGCAGGGCAGAGCAGCGGCGUCGCGGACAACGUACACUCGGAGCUGGAGCGGCGCCUCAUGCUCGCUUCCGCCGCAGAGGGCGCCGCGCGCACGGGGGAGGUGGGUGCGCGCGCUGCGGGCGGCGCCAAGCCGAAGGAGGGCAAAGUGAAGAAGGCUGGGCUGUUCGGGCGUGCCAAGGGCAAGGCGCGGGUGGCGGACGCGCGGGAGGCAGCUGCUCCGGGCGGGCCGAAGGACGUGCAGUGGCUGCGGGCGCGGCCCGGAGCGAAGCUUUCGCGCAUUCCUGCACUGCAGGAGCGGCUGCUGAAGAUGAAACUGAAGCACGGCGCGUGA